UUGCUUCCUAUUUUAGUUUGUGAUUUCUACUUUGUCACCAUGCGUAUUCACAGCUUUUUGUUACUACCAUGUGUGUUCCUGCUAUUUUCAAGAGCAGAUGCUUCCUUUGGUUACGGCCUGCUUCGUUGCCUGUUUACUUCCAAAGAAGAUGUUGUUUAUCUGGCACAAAUCUACUUUAACAAGAUGCUUCUGGGUCAGUACAACAGCACGUUGGGGAAAUAUGUCGGCUACACAGAGAAAACAAAGGCAGUUACAGAUCAACUCAACAAAGACAAAAGUUUCUUGGAAGAAGAAAAAAAGAACGAAAAGUUGUGCAGAAGCAAUGUCCCAGUAGUGUUUGAUGUCCUUUCAAGACCAGUUGAGCCCACUGUCAGGCUGAGGGUAGCUGAGGUGGCAGACAGCAAACAUCCAGCCAUGCUCAUCUGCAGCGCGUACAACUUUUAUCCCAAACACAUCAAACUGACGUGGCUGAGGGACGGAAAGGAGGCGACGUCUGAUGUGAUGUCUACCGAGGAGCUGCCCAAUGGGAACUGGCUCUACCAGAUUCACUCCUAUCUGGAGAUUACACCCAAACCUGGAGAGAACAUCAGCUGCAUGGUGGAGCACGCCAGCCUCAUGCAGCCCAAGUUUUAUGACUGGGUGCCAACAACCGAGGCAGAGAAGAAUAAGAUCGCUAUUGGUGCAGCAGGGCUGCUGCUGGGUUUGGUCUUUCUACUUGUUGGAGUGAUUUUCUACAAGAGGAAGACUACAGGCCGAAUGUUGGUGCCAACAAGUUAAUCUGGAUGUUUGCCAACAUGACAGUAUCUGAAGGUUGAAUCGUCUGAGAACUAAUGGCAGCAUAUGAAAGAAAAAAGGUUUCAUUUGUGUUAAAUCAGAAUUUCAGACUCAUGUCACUAAGGCUGCCCAAUUCAGAAAGAUUA